AUGGCCGGGAAUUCUUUAAUCCGUAAGAUUAGAGCCGGAAUGACCCACAGUAGUUCUCCACUUACGUAUCCUCUCUGCUCCAUCAACAUGCGUCUUAUUCUUGAACCUCCUCAGGUCACGAGUCUCUCAGCAAAGCAAUUCCAGAGUUCAUUGGAAUUUGUGGAAUACAUUCGCACCUGGCUUACAGACCGAACCCCAGUGUCUUGA